GCCAAUGGCAGCACGAUAUGGCCUCGACGGAAUGCCGUUUUGGAAAGCCUGUCUGGGGUGGGCAAGGGGGACGAUCAGAACCAAAAAGACAAAGGUGAUCCCGUUUAUCAUUGAGCGGACAAUUUCUGAAUGUUCUGCUACGGUAUCUAAACCUUAACGUUUGCGGUUUGCGGCUUCGAAUCGUUUGCAGACGGUUAUCAUGCCUUCAAUCUGGAACCUGCUGCCCGUGUUGGCGGGCCUAUCGCUCUGCGAAGCACAAAUUCCUGUGUAUGGGCAAUGUGGUGGUUCAGGCUAUUCAGGAUCUACAGUCUGCGUAUCAGGGGCUGUGUGCUCAUCAUAUAAUGCAUACUAUUACCAAUGUGUCAUUGCAACCGCGACAAGCACCACAUCUGCCGUGGUGACUUCAUCCAAGGUCACGAGUGCGACUACUACGUCCACUACUGUCACUACUAGUACCACCACAAAAUCAUCCAGCGCGGUAGCGUCACAGACGUCGACGACCAGCAGUGCGGGUGCAUCUGCAACGUCUGGGACGAAGUAUCUGAUGGUGUUCGGGGACUCGUACUCUACGACAGGCUCUUGGAUAGGCGGCGACAAGCCAUCUGCCAGCAACCCUAUUGGCAAUCCCGGACUUCCCGGAACGACUACUUCUGGUGGACUCAACUGGGUUGGCCAGACAGUCAGCAAGCUGAAUACUUCGCUGGUCUUGGCAUAUGACUUUGCUGUGUCUGGCGCAGUAACCGACUCUGCCAUCGUCGAUGGCUAUGCAAGCUAUAACUUCGAUGACCAGGUGGGCUUGUUCCAGACCUAUCUGUCAAGCAAACCCAGCUAUGCUACGUGGACGUCUUCCAAUACACUAGUCGCGGUCUGGUUCGGCAUCAACGAUGUGGGCGAGUCGUUCUGGGACUACAAAGCGACACCAAUUGCUGCGGUAAUGGACCGGUACUUUGGGCUGCUUCAGACACUUUACGACGAUGGUGUCACCAAGUUUGCUCUCUUCACCAUUCCGCCAUUCGAUCAAGCACCUGUCAUGAUUGGACAGACGACUGAUCGUCUGAACGACUUGCGCUCGAACAUUACUGCUUACAACGCAGCUCUAGGCACCCGUCUUGCGACAUUCAAAGCAGCCAACAGUGGGGUGACAGCGCAGGUUUUCAAUACGACGCCUUCGUUCGAGACGGUAUUGAAAAACCCAACAGCUUACGGCGCUUCAUCUGAUCUGACAUGCUACAACUCCGACGGCACCAGCUGCGUUUGGUACGAUAACUAUCAUCCUGGCCAGGCGAUUCAGAAGUUGGUCGGGCAAGCCUUCGUUUCCGCGUUCGGUGGCACAUUCUUCUAGAGCUACUGGUGGCCGUUUUUGGACUUGGAAAAAUUAAAUAAACCUCCCGAGCUCUUAAGCUGUGAGGCUCAUUUUCUAAUGGUGGUCACAGAUAAAUCAUUCUGAUAUGUCAACAUUCAGACCUGCUCGAACUACCGAGCCAUUUUGAGUGGAU